CAUAAAGAAGAAAAAACGAUUUUGAGGCAAUUUGCCGAUUCCUCAAUCAUUUUAUCUGCUGAAUUAGCAGCAACUUUUUUUCUUUUCGAAAUCGAAACCACUUUCGGUGGACUCUACGAACCAUGUUCAAUUUCUGGGGAUCAAAAGAACAACAACAAGGGCAGUCUCCAGAAGCGUCUGCAACCCCGUGGUAUUCACCAUCUCUGGUCACUUCGCCUAGCUCAUCCCGGUCUCAAACAUCAGGGCAGAUUCCGCCACAUGUUUCACCAGGGGAAGCCGCCGGCAUUAUUGCCAUUUUAAAAGACAAAAGUGUGGAUGAGCUCAGGAAGCUUCUGUCUGACAAGAAUGCGUAUCAACAGUUUUUGCACUCGCUUGACCAGGUCACUAUUCAAAACAAUAUAAGAGAAGAGCUUCGCAAAGAAACAUUGCAUCUAGCUAGAGAAAACUUGGAGAAGGAACCACAGAUAGUGGAGCUCAGAAACCAAUGCAGAAUAAUCCGGACAUCCGAGCUUGCGACUGCUCAAGAGAAGCUCAAUGAGCUGGAGAAUCAAAGAGAAGAGAUCCUCAAAUUCUACUCUCCAGGUUCUCUUCUUCAUAGACUUCAAGAUGCUAUGAACAAGGUCGAUGAAGAAUCCGAGGAGCUGCAACAGAAGUUAAUGGAGAAGGAUAUUGACACAGCUGCAUUUGUGCAGAAAUACAAAAAGCUAAGAAGCAAGUAUCAUCGACGGGCUUUGAUUCAUCUCGCUGCUAAAACUUCAUCUAUCAGUUGAGAAAACGAAGCUCUUUUUGUUUCUUUUCCGUAUGUGUAAGUAAACAAAAAUGGUUCAAAGUCGAGAUCUAUGUACGAGAUCAAUAUAUCAUUGUACUAUUUACAGACUCAUGUUCUCUAUGAAUCUGAAUCUUCUAAUGUUAUGUUCUUCCUGGUU